AUGCUUCGACACGAAGCAAUGUUUAUGUUAAUCUUACCUUGGAUAGGAUUUGCUUACGAAAACAUUGCAAAGUACAGUUACGCCAGCCAAAAGUAUCCAUUCGAGAUAGGUACACUUACAAAAAUUGCUGAUGCAUCCAAAGCUGUCGAUGGUCUUAAAAGUGACUUAUCAGCACAUGGAGGUCAAUGUACAUUAUCUGCAAACAACAAACAGGAAGCUAUUUUAUAUGUUGACCUUGGUUACAUUCUUGGCAUCCAUCACAUCAAGAUAUAUUAUAGAACAGACAACAUACCGUGGGGUCCCAAUCAUGGGUAUGUCGACAGAUUCCUGGGAUUUUCUGUGUACGUAUCGAACACAACAGAAAUAAAAGAUGGAGUUCUUUGUUUUAAAGACGACUCUUUUACCAAGUACACCAUUCCAGCUGUGAUAACAUUGAACUGUACUCACCACGGUAGAUACGUCAUCUACUACAACAGCAGGACAUCAAGUAAUCUACCACCCUACUACUCAGCAUAUGCUUUCAACGAACUGUGUGAGUUUGAAGUAUAUGGAUGUCCUUACCCUAAAUUUUACGGUGAGAGAUGUAACCUGCCCUGUCCACCUACAUGCAAAAACCGUCGUUGUCACAUAGAAACGGGUAAAUGUUUUGGGUGUGAAGAUGGAUAUCUUGGCUCGACAUGCAACAUUAGUUGUCCUUACCCUGAAUAUUACGGUGAGAGAUGUAUCCUGCCCUGUCCACCUACAUGCAAAAACCGUCGUUGUCACAUGGAAACGGGUAAAUGUUUUGGGUGUGAAGAUGGAUAUCUUGGCUCGACAUGCAACGGCCGUAAGUACUGCUGGUUGACAUCCAAUAUUAUAUUCAUGCAGAGCAUUAUGAGUUUCAUCACGGAAUUUACAUACCCGUAUUAUAGCAAUUCGUACAGAAUUUUCUCUUUAAAAAUUUUUCCCAAGGGUAAAUACACUGAAUUGGGUGAAAGUGGAGGGGUGUGGUUUCACACUGAUUCAUAUUAUUUUCCUUGCUACGUUUUAGCUCAUCUGAGGGAGUGCUUCCAAAUUGCAUUUCUAAUUACUAAUCCGGAUGAUUUCGGUAACUUGAUCAAUUACAUUUUAAGAAGGACACUUCCUUGUACGUCCGUGUAG